CCAGCCAGCACCCCGCCUGAGACUGUAAUUCACUGCCACUGCCUUGUGCUAAAUUACCAACAAAGCCAUGGACAGGCUGGGAUCACGGUGCCCUCUGCCAGGCUACUCGCGGCCCUCUGUCCUCAUAUGCUUUCUGAUCCUGGCAACUUCUUUUCUGAUGUACCCCAUGCUUAGGACCCUUAGCCUACAGCUUCACUCAGCCAUCACCGGCAGCUAUAUCUCUGGCACACACUCCAUCGUCUUUGUCAACUGUCCCAACGAGCAAAUUGCUAGAGACAUUGCCAGGGGCAUACUAGAUAAGAAACUGGCUGCCUCUGUGAACAUCUUGCCCAAGACAUCUUCACUUUUUUUUUGGAAGGGAGAAAUAGAAGAAGCCACUGAGGUCUUAUUGUUAAUUAAGACAAAAACUUCCAAGGUCCUCAUGCUGUCUGGCUUUAUAAGGUUGGUGCAUCCUUUUGAAAUCCCAGAGGUCUUCAGUCUUCCCAUGGACCAAGGAGAUGUGCACUAUUUAAAGUGGCUUGAGGAGGGCAUGGAGGAAGACUGAGUAGGGAAGCUUCUGGUGCGUGCUGCUGGCUGCCUCUAUCCCUCAGCUGCUGAACUCUGGGUAAGAGCAGGCCUCUUUCUACCUCCCAGCAUCUGUGAAUUCCAAGUUCCUGUCAGCAAAGAGGAGCAGCUCUGUGGGCUGAAGGUGUUCAAGGCUCCUAAGGCUGGAGAAGGAUGGACCAGUCAUACCAGUAAAAACCCAGUGGACCUUGUCUUGAAGUACUACUUUGUUUAAAGAUGGCAGAGAGUGGGAGGGUGAGGAUAGUUCUGUGUAGAGGCCAAGGGAAAGUAACAGUGAAAGUGAGGUUUGUCGUUUUUGGUUACUGGACUGACCUAGGGUGCCUAGGGUGACCUUGAAUGCCUAGGGUAUUAUCAUGCCCCAGCUUCUCCUGUGGAAGAAUGGACCCAAUGACCUUGUUCAACUGGAAGUAUGUGCCUCAUUCUAGAGCAACUGGAAAGUACUCAAGUACUUUGUUCAAAAGGAUGCAUUACAAUGGUGGAAUUUCAGGGAUCAGCAGGAUUAUUGCUCCUAGUUAGAGAUUUUUAUUGUUCCUGAGUCUUGAAGAGGCGAGUCUGGGAGUAUGUGUGUGACUAGGGGAACAUUAGUGCUUAGACACUGCUUCAUGGAUUGCAGUAAGUUUUGACUCCUUCCUAGGCUGAAUGUGGAAGACAUCAGAAGGUUCUGUGCCUUGCUCAGUGAAGAGGUUCUGUUCCAGUCAGCUUUUUUGUCAUUGUAUCAAAAUACCUUAUAAGAACAAUUUWAGAGGAGGAAAAGUUUAUUUGGCACUCACAGUUUCAGAGGUCUCAGUCCAUAGAUGACC